AUGCACUUUGUGACACUCUCCCAGGAGAUGCUGGUCCUCGGGGAACUAAAUCGAAGCAAGCCACAGGAACAGCCACAGGAACAGCCACAGCCAGCCAGUCACACCACCCCAUCGAUCUCUGCGUCCACGCGACCAAUUGAAUGCUCCGUGCGCAAUCUGAUCCGGCUGUUCAUCCUAACCACAACGAUCAUGGCCAGUGGCAGGGCCAUCGGUAGCGGCCUGGUCCAGGCCAAUGCUGUCUAUGAGGCCGUCAAUCGGCCCGUCCAGGGCGCGGAUCCCUAUGGCUAUGUCGCCCCCGAGCAGCUGGACGAGCUGCUGUUGGACGCCACAGUGAAACUGCCCGCGAGAACCACAACCGCAGCAGCACUGGCAGCAGCACUGGCAGCAGCAGCAGGAGGAGAAGGAGGAGGAGCAACCACUGCCACGCCCUCCGCGGACCACUUGCUGUUGACCACGUGGCAGGAUAGUUACGAUUCGAAUGAAAUCGAUAACUCCUAUGCCGUUGCCGCUGCCGCUGCUGCUGCUGCGCUGCCUGCAGAUGGGACCAGCGUAGCCUUUAAGGCCGAUGUGGAGCCCGAUUACGUCAUAGAUAUGGGCCAGACAUCGACAACGGUGGCCCCCAGCUCCCAGACAGUCACAACGAUCUUCGAGCAGCGGCUGCUGGGACGGUCCCAGGAUAUGGAGUCCCUGUCGCUGCAGGCGGACGGAACAGGCGCCACAGCAACGGCCAAGGGUCCGCUGUCUGAGGCACCCAGUCGAAAGAACUCCCUCAGCAGAGACGACAUGACCUUCCAGCAGAUUGGUAGCCAAAAGAUAAAUGCCUUAAUGCCGGCCACUGCGGCGACAGACAGCGGCGGAAGUGCCGCCACCAAUGCGAGCAAUGCGCCGCCCACAGAACCCGCAAGGAACAGAACCAACAACGUUCGCACUUCGGCGGUGAGGGUGGACGGCAACAGCAAGCACUCGCUGCCCAAGGGCCAGAAAACGGAUGCGCCCAUGCUCAACUACAUCUUUGACACGUUCUCGGCGGCCAACAAGCACCACCAUCACGAUCAGAGAUAUGGACCGCAUUUCGAGGACGCACAGCGUUUGGGCCAGUCCACGAAUCUGACCGUGCAAGCGGGCUCCAGCAUCCACUUGAACUGCAGAAUUUCGCUGCUGCAGGAUAAGACUGUCUCUUGGGUGCGACAUAAUACGCAGGACGAGGAAAACGCGCUGGAUCUGCUGACAGUGGGCAUGCACACAUACACGGGUGAUAAACGCUACAAAAUGGAGUUCCAAUAUCCCAACAACUGGCGACUGAAGAUAACCAAUGUGAAGAAGGAUGACGAGGCCAUCUACGAGUGCCAGAUCUCGACCCAUCCGCCCCGCCUCAUACAAAUUAACUUGCAUGUGAAUGCUCCCAAAGUGAUGAUUGUGGACGAGGUGGGAGAUCCGUUGCAGGAGAAGUACUACGAGAUCGACUCCACGCUGCAGCUGUCCUGUGUGGUGCGCAACGUGGCCAUGACCAGCUCCGUGGUGUACUGGAAGCACAUCGACGAUGUGCUCAACUACGACGUGACACGCGGUGGCGUGAGCGUCAAAACCGAACUGAUGGAGGAUGGAGCCAACUCCACCCUCUCCAUAGCGAAGAUCAGCAAAACCGAUUCGGGGAAUUACACCUGUUCGAUCAGCGAGUUCCAGAACUUUACCAUUGUGGUGCACAUUCUGAAUGGCGAGAGCUUUGCGGAGCUGCACCAUGGCGGGGCAGGAGCGGUACAGGCCACGUGGCAGCAUCUGGUGGCGCUGCACUUCCUAAUGCUCAUCCUGCUGGCCGCGUGUAGACUUAGGGCAGAGUUUAGGUAAGGUUCCCAGUUCAUUUUUGAUAGGCUAAGCGAGUGGCCGGAGUGGGAGGAGCCUUCCUACGUACACAUAAACUUUUUGUUGAGUAAUUGUAAAGAUUUUGAAUUUGAUUGGAGCCCCGGGGGCACAGGAGAGUUAUUAGAAAUAACUAAAAAAAAAAAUUAAAUUAUAUAAGAAAAGAGAAAACGCAGCCUAAGUUAAACUCCAAGCGAUCGCCGUGUGUACCAGCUAUUAUAGAUAUGUUUCUACGUCUAUCAUCAAUUUGUACAUGAGCAGGAGCACGCCUAGGAUUAAGAUUAGUGUUUUAGGUAAGGUGGUACAAGGCGCAGAGGCCAACGAAUUUCCCUAGCAGAACGACACGUGUACGGUGGUCUGGUCUGGCCUAGAUCUAGUUGAUACAGGAAUGUAAAGCAGCAUUAUGUGUAAGUCACCAGAGGAGCAGCAUCAGCAGUUCAGUUCAUUUUGGCUUAGUGCUGGGAUAUGCAGAAGAACUCCUGCGGAGACUAUUCAAUGUGGAACUAACUAUAAAGUGCAAUACAGUCAUAUACAUAUUAUACACACACACAUACACAUACACACAAGCAAGCGAUCGACUAAAUGAUAUGUUAAUAAACGAAUACUCGUAUGUACGACAUAAUAAAGUGAACUAUAUAUGAGUGCAAAGUGAAUUUAGAGCAGCAGAGCCUGUUUUAA